AAGUCAUAACAUUAAAAAUGUGGUGCUUCGACCCAGUGGAACAAAACAAAGCCGCCUAAUGUUAACUCUACAAGAUAACAGUUUCUUGUCUAUUGACAAAGUACCAAGUAAGGAUGCAGAGGAAAUGAGGUUGUUUCUAGAUGCAGUCCAUCAAAACAGACUUCAUGCAGCCAUGAAACCUUCUCAGGGGUCUGGUAGUUUUGGAGCCAUUCUGGGCAGUAGGACCUCACAGAAGGAAACCAAUAGGCAGCUUUCUUAUUCAGACAAUCAGGCCUCUUCAAAAAGAGGAAGUUUAGAAACUAAAGAUGAUAUGCCAUUGCGAAAAGUUCUUGGUAAUCCAGGUAGAGGAUCGAUUAAAACUGUAGCAGGAAGUGGAAUAGCUGUUACCCGGACGGUUCCUUCUUUGACAGCUACAUCAACACCUCUCAGAUCAGGAUUACUAGAAAAUCGGACUGAAAAGAGGAAAAGAAUGCUAUCUGGCUCAGAGUUGAGUGAGGAUUAUCCUAAGGAAAAUGAUUCAUCAUCGAACAACAAAGCUGUGACAGAUCCCUCAAGAAAGUAUUUAACCAGCAGCAGAGAAAAGCAGCUGAGUUUGAAACAGUCAGAAGAAAAUCGGACAUCAGGGCUUUUACCUUUGCAGUCAUCAUCCUUUUAUGGUAGCAGAGCUGGAUCCAAGGACUACUCUUCUGGUGUCACUAACCUAGACAGGACUAAUGUUUCAAGCCAGACUCCCUCUGCCAAAAGAAGUUUGGGAUUUCUUCCUCAGCCAGCUCCUCUUUCUAUUAAAAAACUGAGGUGUAACCAGGAUUACACUGGCUGGAACAAACCAAGAACGCCCCUUUCCUCUCACCAACAGCAACAACUGCAGGGCUUCUCCAAUUUGGGAAAUACCUGCUAUAUGAAUGCUAUUUUACAAUCUCUAUUUUCACUCCAAUCAUUUGCAAAUGACUUGCUUAAGCAAGGUAUCCCAUGGAAGAAAAUUCCACUCAAUGCACUUAUCAGACGCUUUGCACACUUGCUUGUUAAAAAAGAUAUCUGUAAUUCAGAGACCAAAAAAGAUUUACUCAAGAAAGUUAAAAAUGCCAUUUCAGCUACAGCAGAGAGAUUUUCUGGUUAUAUGCAGAAUGAUGCUCAUGAAUUUUUAAGUCAGUGCUUAGACCAGCUGAAAGAAGAUAUGGAAAAAUUAAAUAAAACUUGGAAGUCCGAACCUUUUCCUGGAGAAGAAAAUUCACCAGAUAUUUCUGCUACCAGAGUAUAUACUUGCCCUGUUAUUACUAAUUUGGAGUUUGAGGUUCAGCAUUCCAUCAUUUGUAAAGCAUGUGGAGAGAUUAUUCCCAAAAGAGAACAGUUUAAUGACCUCUCUAUCGACCUUCCUCGUAGGAAAAAACCACUACCUCCUCGUUCAAUUCAAGAUUCUCUUGAUCUUUUCUUUAGGGCAGAAGAACUUGAGUAUUCUUGUGAGAAGUGUGGUGGGAAAUGUGCUCUUGUCAGGCACAAAUUUAACAGGCUUCCCAGGGUCCUCAUUCUUCAUUUGAAACGAUAUAGCUUUAAUGUGGCUCUCUCACUUAACAACAAGAUUGGGCAGCAAGUCAUCAUUCCAAGAUACCUGACCCUGUCAUCUCAUUGCACUGAAAAUACAAAACCACCUUUUACCCUCGGUUGGAGUGCACAUACGGCAAUUUCUAGACCAUUGAAAGCCUCUCAAAUGGUGAAUUCCUGCAUCACCAGUCCUUCUACACCUUCAAAGAAAUUUACCUUCAAAUCUAAGGGCUCCUUGGCUUUAUGCCUUGAUUCAGACAGUGAGGAUGAGCUGAAACGCUCUGUGGCCCUCAGCCACAGACUUUGUGACGUGUCAGGCAAUGAACAGCAGCAGGAAGUCCUGGAAAAAGGUUCAAAAUUAUGCCAAAUAGAGCCUGAUAAGUCUGAAUUGGAAAACUCAGGAUUUGACAGAAUUAGUGAAGAAGAGCUUCUAGCAGCCGUCUUAGAGAUAAGUAAGACAGAAACUUCACCAUCUCUGAGUCAUGAAGAUGAUGAAAAACCAACCAGCAGCCCAGACACCGGAUUUGCAGAAGAUGAUGUUCAAGAAAUGCCUGAAAAUCCAGACACUAUGGAAUCUGAGAAGCCCAAAACAAUCACAGAGCCAGAUCCUGCCAGUUUUACUGAGAUAACUAAAGACUGUGAUGAGAAUAAAGAAAACAAAACUCCAGAAGUUUCUCAGGGAGAAGUUGAUUGGCUCCAGCAGUAUGAUAUGGACCGUGAAAGGGAAGAACAAGAGCUUCAGCAGGCAUUGGCUCAGAGCCUUCAAGAGCAGGAGGCUUGGGAACAGAAAGAAGAUGAUGAUCUUAAAAGAGCUACAGAGUUAAGUCUUCAAGAAUUUAACAGCUCUUUUCUGGAUGCACUGGGUUCUGAUGAGGACUCUGGAAAUGAGGAUGUUUUCGAUAUGGAAUACACAGAAGCUGAGGCCGAGGAGCUAAAAAGAAAUGCUGAGACAGGAAAUCUUCCUCAUUCCUAUCGGCUCAUCAGUGUUGUCAGUCACAUUGGUAGCACUUCUUCUUCAGGUCAUUACAUUAGUGAUGUGUAUGACAUUAAGAAGCAGGCAUGGUUUACUUAUAAUGACCUGGAGGUAUCUAAAAUCCAAGAGUCUGCCGUGCAGAGUGAUCGGGAUCGGAGUGGUUACAUCUUCUUUUAUAUGCACAAAGAGAUCUUUGAUGAGCUGCUGGAAACAGAAAAGAACUCUCAGGCACUUAGCAUCGAAGCAGGGAAGACUACCCGUCAGGCCUCAUGAGGAACAAACUCCUGGGAUGGCAAUUGUGCACUGCGUAUUCUCCUUACUGCCGCCCACACCUUUCCUCUGCCCAAGGAGAAUUUGGAAUUCUACUUGAUGCGGGAGCAACAAACAGCUCAGGGCCAAACCAAAAGACUAAAAUUGGAGUUAUACAGAAUGCUCCAUGCUAUUUUAUGGAAACCUUGGUCUCACAUCUGUAGCUGAUUAUCCUCUUUUUCUCCUACAAGAGUGGC